CAUGAACUCGCGAUCCAUCCUGCGCAAGUUCGAGAUGCACACGCGCGCGGUGCGGAGCGUCAAGUUCUCGCCGCAGUCGUACGCCACGAUCGCGUCCGCGUCCGACGACACCACCGUGCGCAUAUGGGACGUCGCCGCGGGCGAGUGCGUCCGCCGGCACGACGGCCACACCGACUACGCCAGGUCAAUCGCGGGCCAUCCCACGGCGCAGACGUCCUGGGCGUCGGGAUCUUACGAUCACACCGUGCGCCUGUGGGACAACAGGGACGGGUCGACGUCCGCGACGAUGACGCUGGACCACGGGUCACCCGUCGAGGACGUCGCGUGGCUGCCCUCCGGGUCGCUCUUGGUGUCCGUGGGUGGUCAGGACGCGUGCGUGUGGGACGUGUUGGGCGGCGGGAAACUUUUGAAGCGUCUCCGGUGCCACCAGAAGACGAUCAUGAGCUGCCACGUGGCGCCCGACGGUGGACCCCCGCCGGUGCUGGAGCACGGCUCGUUCGCGGCGAGAGCUGGGGCGGGCGGGCGCGCGACUGCGCCGAGGCUCCUGACGGGCUCGCUCGACGGCCACGUCAAGGUACACGAGCUCGACGAUUUCUCGGUGACGCACAGCGCCAAGUACCCCGGGCCGGUUCUGGCCGUGGCGCUGUCGCCGGACGCCAACGCGCUCGCGGUGGGCACCGCGAACAAGCUGCUGAGCAUCAGGCGGCGGACCAAGCCGCGCUCGCACGCGCUGGGCGGCGGCGGCGGCGGGGGCGAUUCGGGUUUUCACAAAGUCGGGCCCUCGGGGCGGAGAAAAGCGCCGCGGCGGCUUGACGCGGGCAGCUGGCAGUACUUCAUCCGCGGGAUGAACGCCAAGGCUGCGGAGGGGGAUUUUAAGGUGCAGAGGCUUCGGAGCGUCCGGUUGCAGGCGCACGACCGCGCGUUGAAACGUUUUCGGUUCACCGAGGCGCUCGACGCGAGCCUGGCGGGCGGGCGACCCGAGGUGAUCGCCGCCGUCAUCGACGAAAUCGCCGCGCACGGCGCGCUGAGCAAGGCGCUGGCGGGGCGUGACGCCGCCGCGCUUCAGCCGGUGCUCAGGUACGUCAUGAAGCACAUCGGCAACCCGAGGCACACCCGGCAGCUGGUGCACGUGGCGGGGAUGGUGCUGGACAUCUACGGGGGAUCGGUCGGCGCUUCGAGGGAGGUUGACGCCGCGCUCAGGCUCAUCAGGGAGAGGGUCGCGGUGACGCUCAGGCUGCACGAUUCGCUCGCGGCGCUCGCGGGGGUGGCGUCGCCGCUGCUGACGGUGGGGCAGCUCGCGGCGUACAGGGCUUAGUGAGCGAGCGAGCCGAGACUUGUAAUCCACGGUACACUGCGAAACG